GCAUCGGGGUAGUUAGGCCGCGGCUGAGGGACCCGUUCCGCUGGUGACUGCGAGCGGGUUCUCCUCUGUUGGGGACGGGUUCUGACGCUGAAUAGAGCCAGGUGUCAGACGUGAACCUUGUAUCCGUGUUAUCGCUUUCAUGUCCCUGCAGGCAUUUCAGAAAUGUUUUAGAAUGGGUAGUAUGCUGUCUGCGUCUGGAGGACUGUCAAAUGAUGCUGUUGCGAAUCAAAUACAGGAGAUUGUUUCAGGCAACUGCGUGGUGAUUUUCUCUAAAACAACAUGCCCCUACUGCAGAAUAGCAAAAAAGCUUUUUGAGGAUAUGAAUGUUGAUUAUACAGCUGUAGAACUGGACAUGAAUUCAAAUGGCAGUCAGUUCCAAGACAUCCUUGAACAGAUGACUGGUGGCAGAACAGUCCCAAGAGUGUUUGUCAAUGGGACUUUUGUUGGAGGUGCUACAGAUACUCAAAGGCUUCACGAGGAAGGCAAACUGCUUCCCUUAGUUCAUCAAUGUCAAGCAAGAAGCAAAUUCUGAAUGGCUGUCUAGCUUAGCAUAGUCUUCCUUUGUAUAAACAGCAUUUCAGACAGGUCAGAAGAUGAAAGAUGCACCACAUCAGCUGCACACAGGAACUUCAAGCCAUGGAUUUAUGACUCACAGACCAUUCUCUGACACAGACUUUAUGAACCUGACAAAUUACUUGUCUCCUUGCCUCACCUUUACCACAAGCAAAAUGGUAAUAAAACACAUUACGUAACUCUGGGAGCAUGAAUUGUGAGAUAGUAAUGUCACUUUACUGCUAGUACAUCCCGAUACCAUGCUUCAGAGAAGUAUAGAUUGUACAAAAAGAAUCCUUUUGGUUUUGUUUUGGGGUUUUUUUCUGCAAAUUAGUUUGCUUUUUAGCUGUGUUCCAACAGGUACACUAAAUGGGCAGUUUAAUAGUUUCAUUAAUCUCAGUUCUUCUCUUAAUGUCAAAGUGUAAUCAUAAAGGAAGUGUGAAGCAAAACAAGAUCAUAGUGAUAUUGCUAUAAGCAUGUCUGCCUCUCUUACAUUUCAGUGUUUAGACAUCUAGCUAGCAAAUGGUAUGUCUAGUUGCUACAAAAAAGGAAUAAAGAUUCUUGCAUCUUCAGAGAGGGUAAUUGCUUUCCUCUUAACUCUGCACUCUGAAGUACCCAUCUAUAGAGUGUAAUUCAGACAUAUCCUCCCAGGGGAGCCAGACAGCUUGCUGUCACUAAACUCUGUGGCUACAAACAACACUAUGAUCAAUCCAACAGUAUCAUAAACCUUAAGACAUGGGUCUAAUAGGCGUAGAGUUUAUUUAGUAUUUAAAUUCUACAAUCAGAAUGCAGUUUACUAGCAGUUUUAACUUGCAGUUAAAAGUCUGAAAGAAAUGUGUAAGAUUCAGUAAAGUUGGUACAAUGUACUUUCAAAGCCAGACCAGGCAAUGCCAAGACUCUUGGAUAAUUUCAAGACAGAUCAUAUGCAAAUAGAAAGUAAUCUCAUUCUUCAGUGAAAAGGACCAUUACACUUGUAAAGGUGCACAGUUUAGAAUAAAAACAUUAGUCAAUGAAUUUUUACUCACUUCUUAUAAGACUCCUGUUACUUCCAUUCCUUUCAGUACUGCACUCACCUAAACUUUUUUCCCUCCCUUGAUGGAAAAACAGCAAUCACAUUUCUCUUCAGAUAACUCAGACUGUAAGAGUAUCAAUUCAAUUUGGCAGCUUCAUCUUUGUGAUGUGGGUUUGAAAGCAGUUGAAACCGCAUCAUUUGUAGAGCAUCCUUAGUAGACAGUUCCCCGCACUGUGCAUCUUCAACAUGUAACGUUGACCUCGCUACAUCUUUAUUAUUGCAGUGUACUGAUUUUUGCUGGUUUCCUCACUGCCUUAGUAAAAAUUUGUAUAAAAGGACACAAUCAUCGUUGUAAACAUAAAUGUGCAUCUCUGCCUAAAUUUAUACUUAAUAAAGCAAUUUCUUUUGCACAUACA